CGCAGGUACCGGAGAACACUGAACACAGUCGAGUACGAAUGGAUAAUUCAAAGAAAAAAUUGGAAGUAUCAGAUAUGAGAAUCGUUCUACUGGGUAGAACUGGAGUUGGAAAAAGUGCCACAGGAAACACUAUACUGGGAAUGGAUAAGUUUGGAGAGGGCAAUUCCAUCAAUUCCUUUACUAAAAUCUGUGAGGCAGAAAAAGCCCAAGUGGACGGACGGGUCAUCUCAGUAAUUGACAGUCCAGGACUGUGUGAUACAAAAAUGAUUGAAGAGCAGGUUGCAUCUGAGAUAGUGAAAUGUGUAGAAACGUCUGGUCCUGGUCCUCACGUGUUCCUGCUGAUCAUCAGACUGGAUGUGAAAUACACUGAAGAGGAGAAGAACAUCGUGACAUGGAUUCAGAAGCACUUCGGAGAAGAUGCUAUAAAAUACACCAUCAUUCUCUUUGCUCAUGCUGAUGCGCUGAUGGAUAAAACAUUAGAUGAAUAUGUAAAAGGCCGUACUGAAAUACAGUCACUGAUUACUGAGUGUGGUGGUAGAUAUCACGCAUUUGACAAUCGCAAGAGAGAGAAGCGAGAUCAGGUCACAGAGCUGCUAAAGUUGGUCGAUAAAAUGGUGAGAAAGAAUAGAGGAAAAAACUACUGCAAUGAGAUGCAUAAAGAACUCCAGAAGAAGAUCGAAUGGGGGAGUUUGAAAAAAACAGCAAAAGAGUAUAGCAAGAUAGCAUUAAAAGUAACAGAAACGGCAGCAGCAGCAACGGCAGCGGCAGUAGAAACAGCAUUACGUGUAGGAGCAGAAAAUGCAGAGGCAGCAGCGAAUGAAGUAGCAGCAUCAGGACUUGAAGUAGCUGAAGAAGCCGCAGAAGCAGUAGCAAAAGUAGUAGCACGUGUAUAAGUAGGACAUAUUUGUGACCAUAGACAACAAAACCAGUCUUAAUGGUCAAUUUAUUGUCAGAACAGAAUGCGCUUUUUAUUUUGUGCACUAGUGUUAUUAAUGCAUGAAGAAAAAAUCCUUUCUCACUUUUUUCAACAAAUGACAAAUGCAUGUGUAUAAUUAUAAUGUGAAAUGGUUUUCCCAUGUCGACUGUAUGUUUGUUCGUGUAAAUGUGUAUUUGUUCGUUUUUACUGAUUAACUGAUUUAUAGUUCUUUCUUUUGCAAACGCACUGCUAUUAAUAACAUCAAAGUAUGAUGGUUUAAAGAUGAAUUUACAUAAAUAAUUAAAUCAAAUAAUAAUCAUUAAAGCAAAGGUGAUUGUUGCUCUAGUGCAGUGGUUCUCAAACAUUUUCGUUGUAAGGACCCCUUUGUGUAGAGUGCAUCGCUUUGCGGCACCCCAAAUAAAGACUUAUAAUCUUAAACUUAACAUUUUUAUUUAAACAAAAACAUAUUCGGUUAUACAAUGCUGAAACAUCAAUUCUUUUGUCUGGUGGUCUAAUUUUUGAUUGCAUAAAAUCUAUGAUCAAUUUCUAUAUUUCAUAAAAUGCCACAAAAUCUGUGGCCCCCUGGAUCCAUCUCGAGGCCCCACCAGGGGCCACGGCCCCCAGUUUGAGAACUACUGCUCUAGUGACCCCCGUAUACUUUUGUACAAAGAAAUAAAGGCAAUUCAAAAAAA